AUGUUCGUCGAGCAAUUCGAGGAGACGAUAUUGUAUAAGGAGUUCCGCGAUAACGGCAAAAUCCUGGUCGAUAGGCACUGUGAAGUAGAGUGCCAAUCCGACUCGAGUGGUACCGGUCCCACACACCGCAACACAGUCGCAGUCGAGCCAGUAAUUGAAAAAGAAUCGGAUGAGUCCCAAGAAUACUCACAACUCGUCGAAGCAGCUCGUCGUUUAUCUGCUGCUGAUAAGAUUCGACUGCAGGAGAAGCUACGACGUAUGCUAGAAGACCUUGAUGAUCGUCUCGAGCUGUAG